AGGGCGAGGCCACCUGCAGGCAGGGUGGGCCCUUCCAGAGUUUAGUCCCUCCAAUGUCUGCAGCUCUCCUGGAUCACAUCCUUCCUCCUCCGGAACUGGAGGGGUGGCUUGGCCUCGGGCCCCUCUGUGUCUCAGAAACUGGAAACUGGGAAACUGGGUGACCACCAGGUACCUGGCUCCGGAAGAAAGGCCUAUGGCAUUGUUUGGAAGGCAGUGGAUCGGAGGACUGGUGAGGUCGUGGCCAUCAAGAAAAUCUUUGAUGCCUUUAGGGAUAAAACAGACGCCCAGGUGCAGUCUCUCCAGAUCAGUGGGAAGCUGGGCCCCUGGACCCUCAUAGCAAAACCCCUGACCUUCCAGCAACAACCUGCUCUCCACAGGAGUUUGGAGACCAUCCCAACAUCAUCCGCCUCCUUGAUGUGAUCCGUGCAGAGAACGACAGGGACAUAUACCUGGUAUUUGAGUCUAUGGACACUGACCUGAAUGCCGUCAUACAGAAGGGUAACUUGUUGGAGGACAUCCACAAGCGCUACAUCUUCUACCAGCUCCUGCAGGCCACCAAGUUCAUCCACUUGGGACAUGUCAUCCAUCGGGACCAGAAGCCAUCCAAUGUUCUCCUGGAUGCCAACUGCUCCGUGAAGCUCUGUGACUUUGGUCUGGCCCGCUCUCUGAGCAACCUCCCUGAGGGGCCCGAGGGCCAGGCCCUGACAGAGUACGUGGCCACACGCUGGUACCGGGCUCCAGAAGUGCUCCUGUCUUCAAGCCGGUAUACCCUUGGAGUGGACAUGUGGAGCCUCGGCUGCAUCUUGGGAGAGAUGCUGCGAGGGCAGCCCCUGUUCCCAGGCUCAUCUACACUGCACCAGCUGGAGCUGAUCUUGGAGACCAUCCCGCCUCCAUCUGCAGAGGACCUCCUCGCUCUUGGCUCAGGCUACAGUGACUUGAUUCUGCAUCGCCUGGGGUCCGGGCCACGACAGACACUGGACGCCCUCCUGCCGCCAGACACUCCCCCAGAGGCCCUGGAUCUCCUCAGGCAACUCCUGGUGUUUGCCCCGGACAAGCGGCUUAGUGCAGCUCAGGCGCUGAAGCACCCCUAUGUGCAGAGGUUCCACUGCCCUUACCGAGAGUGGACGCGGGGUGUGGACGUGCAGCACCCAGUGCACGAAGGAGACCAGCUCUCUGCAUCUGAGUACCGCAGCCGCCUCUACCAGAUGAUCCUGGAGCAGAGAGGCAACAGCCAUGGCCCAAGAAAGGAAGGUGUGGGGGGUGUUACCUCAGGGACAGAGCCCAGGGCCUCCUGUGGCCAGGGCCACUUGAUCAAGCCCCAAGUCAAUCCUCAGCUCCCUAUCGGGGCACCUGCCCGGAACCCAGGACCCAGGCCACAGAAUAGCCUGGGUCAGGACCCAGAGAAUGGUGAAGCCAAGUGUGAGAGGCAUGGUACCCUCUCUGACUAUGCAGGCUGCAGCCCAAGUGGCCAACCAGGUCUUGAUCCGAGGCAACCCCACCCGGCGUGCACUCUGGGGUUCCCCAGGAAGCCCCAGAGCCCCGACCUGGCCGGAGGAUGUUCACCUCAGCCUCAUGGGGGGCCCAGGGCAAUGCCAGGGCUUUGCUCGGGGGCUACUCCCAGGCCUAUGGAACCGUGUGUCACUCAGCGCUGGGCCACCUGCCUCUGCUCCCUGGACCCCAUGGGUGAGCUGCCUCCCCACCUCACACUUCCUGUCUUGAUGUCCUCAGGAGAGCACACAAGGUUCCCAUCCCAGCCCCAGUGGCUUCUUCCUAAUAAAGUCUUUGUCCCAGCCCAACUAGCUGCUUUCACCUACUCCCUUUUGAGAGGUUCCUUUCUGAAGGGCUUCCUUCAUAGGCCAUAGCAUCCCCUAGCCUGAGGGCCCUUAUUCCCUUCCCAGAGCCCACCUCUUCUGAGAACCUGCCACUCCCAUCCUGCGUUCUCUGUGCCAGUCUAGAACAAUAGCACAGUGCCAAGCUGCACAGGCCUGGUCUCUGCCAUCCAUGAAUCUUGUCUACCUAGGGCUGGCCUGCUGGGCACUUUAGACCAGCUUCCUAUCCUUUGUCCAUAAGUGCCCUAGUGCCUGCUUUGUCACUGAGCACCAUCAGAGCCCAGCUUGGGGGUCCUGCAGGGUCCAGGGUCCAGGCUGCUCCAGAUAGUCCUGUCCUGAGACAGGAACUUGUGGACAGACAAAUUACCUGCCUAGGUGCAAGUCACUGUGUAACUGAACCAGAGAGGAAAAGGGGAGGAGCACCCUCCCACAGUAACACUUGCUUCCCUCUGGAUCCUCCCCCCAUUGUCACUAACUGGAGCCUGUGCCCACCAACACAGUGACUGGCUCCUGGUUUGUCUAGGUCUUGGUAGUUGGAGGGUGGGGGACAACCUGGAGAUGUCUUAUGAUGGGGUUCAAGGCUACUUUCUCUGGUUAUCACCAGGCACAGGGUGUGGUGUGAGUUCAGGCCAGGAAUAUAGGGGCCAAAGAGAUCCAAGGAUACCAUGGGUGUUCUGCACUAUACCUAACCCUGGGCUGGGGAAGAAUGCAGGGGUGCCGCUUCCCCACUGCCUUGCUGGAGGAGCUCGAAGUCAAAAGCUCCUGGUCACCUUGGGGGAUGGACAGGAAGGAUGAUGUGUAGGCAGAGGCUGGGAGGUUGCACUGCAAUGGUGCUGGUGCUGGUGCUGGGCUCCCAAGUGAGGGCCAGAAAGCAGGGGGAUGGGGCCCUGAUUCUAACAUGAGUCAGACAGCUAGGUAGCUCACUCUGAGAGGGCUGCUGAGGAGUCAGCUUGUGGUUCAAGAGCCUGAGGCAUAGCCUCAAGGUGGUGAGCAACCAGGACAGGUGAGGGUGUGGGAGUAAAUGCCACAGAUGGGUGGGCCUUUGAAGCCUGGGAACUUGGCACCAGGGCACGAAGGACUCAGGCUAGGCAGGAGCUACAAGGUGAGGCUAGGAGGCAUCUGCUGGGCUUGGUGGCCAGGGUACCCUGGGUGAAUGCCUUCAGAGCACCAACACAGAGGACCUUGGCCGGGUAUUUAUCUCAGUGGAUAUGCCACCAGCCUUGCAAGCACAAGGACCCGAGUUCGAUCCCUGGUACAACAAAACAAAACAAAACCAAAAGCAAAAAACAAAAAAACCAGAGGGCCUCAGAAGUGAAGGAGGGA